AUGUGGUUGCCGCCUAUUAACUUUUUGACGCUGCAUUAUGCGUACAUCAUCUUGAUGUGUUUGCUUGCCAUUCCCAUUCUGUACCCCUACGGGAAUCUCAAAGCCAUUGAUUGCUUCUUUUUCGGGGCCAGCUCGUCGACAGAAUCUGGCCUGAAUACGGUCGAUGUGAAGGAGCUCAAGACUUACCAGCAACUCUACAUCUACUUUGUUCCUAUGCUUACGAAUCUCGGCUUCGUCAACAUUAUUGUCGUCGUCGUACGCCUACACUGGUUCAGGAGCCACCUUAAGCGUCUUGCGCCCCAACUGCACCCUCGCCGACAGCCGGGUAGUUCUGAAGCGGACCCCGAAGACAUUCCCGAUACGUCGACGAUAAAAGCCCCUGACACAGCUGGAAAGCUUCCCGUCGCGGUAGCAAGUGGUAACGAUGCCGGGACAACCGGCGAAAGCCCUAGUCAAGCUCCGGUGAUGAGCCCGGAUAGUGAAAGACCACUCGCGCGCACCACCACCAUCACCUUUGACACUUCUACCGAGAAGCAUAAAGACGAUACCACUCUCUACAUUCCGUCGCCGCAGGACCGCGAGCGCGAUGACCGCAUCAAGCCAGUGUCCAGCGCAACCUCUAAUAACGAGGGCCCAGCUCUACGCCUUCGCCGCCGAUUCAGUGACCGUGACGGCAUCCAGAUGACUGCAGCUCGUUCCAUGGAUCGUGUCGCUGAUGUCGCUGCAUCCAUCUUGCUUCUUGGAUCCGAGACCAAGCCUAGACCCCGUCCUCCGACUCCUACCCCUCAGAAGCCUCCAGCCUUGAACGACACACCGUUCCUCUCGCGUCAGGCUACUAUUGGCCGUAAUUCACAGUUCCGUAACCUGACGUCUGAUGACUUGGAGGUACUAGGUGGUAUUGAGUAUCGCAGCUUGAAGCUCUUGCUCAAGAUCGUGAUUGCUUAUUUCUUCGGUAUGCACCUGUUUGGCGUCAUCUGCCUCAUCGGCUGGAUUCAGACGGCAAACCCCAAGUACACGGACUAUCUUGAGUCAAUUGGACAGGACAAGAACUGGUGGGCCAUUUAUUCCGCCCAGACAAUGGUGGAUAACCUUGGCUUCUCACUCACGCCCGACUCGAUGAUAUCAUUCCGCGAUGCCAAAUUCCCCAUGAUCCUGAUGAGCUUCCUCGCCUUUGCUGGCAAUACGCUGUACCCAGUCUUCCUCCGUCUGGUCAUUUGGAUCAUGGCCAAGGUCACGCCUAAGCAUUCUUCUACACAGGAGCCCCUUGCAUUCCUGCUUGACCACCCUCGUAGGUGCUACACUCUGCUCUUCCCCAGCCAACCAACUUGGAUCCUCUUCGCUAUAAUCUUUGCCCUCAACUUUGUCGACGUCCUCCUCAUCAUCCUUCUUGACCUCCACAACCCCGAAGUCGCGUCCUUAUCCCUUGACGCGCGUAUCCCGGCGGCCAUCUUCCAGGCUGCUUCAGCGCGUCAUACCGGCACUGCCACCUUCAACUUGGCCAACGUCGACCCAGCUGUGCAGCUCAGUCUGCUAGUUAUGAUGUAUAUCGCCGUCUUUCCCAUCGCUCUCAGCAUUCGCUCUUCCAACACUUAUGAGGAGAAGUCACUUGGACUGUGGAAAGAUGAAGAAUCACCGGAUGAGGAAAAUAGCAAGACGUAUUUGGUAACACAUAUGAAGAACCAGCUUGGCUUCGAUUUGUGGUACAUCUUCUUGGGCACCUUUUGCAUAAUCAUUGCCGAAUCAGACAGGGUUGCCAAUGUUGAUGAGCCGGCCUUCUCUGUCUUUUCGAUUCUCUUCGAGGUGACCUCGGCAUAUGGCAACGUUGGCCUGAGUCUUGGCUACCCAACUGUUAGCACUUCUUUGAGUGGCAUGUUUAAUACCUUUAGCAAGGUCGUAAUGUGCCUGAUGAUGAUCCGAGGUCGCCACCGAGGUCUUCCAUAUGCUCUUGACCGAGCCAUCAUGUUACCCGAUGGGCAAAUUUUGGAGGACCCUCCCAAGUCAUCUUGA